CUGAGAGAGACUUAUCAUUGAUUUUCUCCCGACUGCAAUCGUUGCGACCCUCAGUGAGAAGGGGCAUUUUCCUCCAACAUGUGGAAAGAACUAAACCGUGUUCUUCUCCAGAUGGCCAUAUUUUGGACAUGUGCUUCAGCCAACAAGUGUGCUCCCGGGUGGCUCGAGCACGGCUCCAGCUGCUACAAGAAGGGGGGGACGCACACCGGUUGGCUGGGGGCCCGGCACCACUGCGUCUGGCAGGGCGGCGACCUGCUCUCCAUCACCUCCUCGGCCGAGGAGGACUUUGUCAAGGGCAUCAUGGGCAACACCCGCUUCUGGCUGGGACUCUCCAACCAGAAAUGCGACAACAUCUUGUGUGACUUCGAAGGCGGGAGCCAGAAGCUGACCUGGUCCGAUGGCGAGACAACGACAUACACCAACUGGGCCUCAGACCAAUUUAAAAGGUAA